AUGGUCUUGGACGGUACUCUCUACGUCGGUUUCGUGACCCCCAACACUGACAACCGUCUCUUCACAAAGGUCUUGUACCCAAGAGAUGUUUUUGUGUUCCCCCAAGGUCUUAUUCACUUUCAAUUUAAUAAUGGAAAGACUAAUGCAGUAGCUCUUGCUGCCCUAAAUAGCCAAAAUCCGGGAACUAUUACUGUUGCUAAUGCGAUGUUCGGGUCAAAUCCGAGGAUUUCUGAUGAUGUUCUUGUCGAGGCAUUCCAAGUGGACAAGAAGGUGAUAGACUAUCUUCAAGCUCAAUUUUGGUGGCCCAACAACUAA